UCUCCAACUGCUUUCAUAAUGUUCAGCAGAAGCGUCCUUCGCCAGGCCACCCGGAUGGUGGCCCCUACUCGCCCUCUUGCCAUGUCGGCUAGAAAUAUGUCUGUCACACCCUUCAUGCGCGAGCAGNAGAAGCCCAUUCCGGAAGAGAAGGGAGAGCACGUUGGUUCCUUCUCCAGAACCGAUGACUCGAUCGAAAUUCCCUUCGAUGAGAAGGCUGUUCCCAAACAAGAACCUGUCCAAGGCCGCGGAGGCUUCCACUUCCAAAGAACUCUCGCCUCUUUCUCUCUUGAAGGCAAGACCGCUGUCGUCACUGGUGGUGCAAGAGGUCUCGGUCUGGUCAUGGCUCAGGCGUUGGUCGUUUCCGGAGCGGAUGUCGCCCUCGUCGAUCUCAACACCGAGAAGCAAGCAAAAGAAUUGGUCAAGGUCUUCAAGGACGAGAACCCUGGUGCUGACAGAGUACCAAAAGUCACUGGCCAUUACUGCGAUGGUGAGUCUCUAAGACUGAGACACUCUGUUGAGAGCGUCCUCUCCGAUGUAGUCAACCAGCACGGCAAGAUCGACAACCUUGUGACUUCAGCAGGCUUCACUGAGAACUUCGAUGCUAUUAAGUACCCCAUCGACCGUGUGAGAAAGCUCUGGGGCGUCAAUGUUGAUGGCACCUACCUCUUCGCUACUGGAGUUGCCCGUCAUCUUAUGGAGCGCAAGGCUCCUGGUAGCAUUGUCUUCAUUGGAAGCAUGAGUGGUGCAAUUGUCAACGUCCCACAGCCUCAGGCUCCCUACAACGCCUCCAAGGCCGCUGUUCGUCACCUUGGCCGCUCGCUGGCAGUUGAGUGGGCCCACGCUAACAUCAGAGUCAACGUCAUUGAGCCUGGUUACAUGGUUGAUCUGAUGGGUCCUGUUGUUUUCCUCUGCAGUGACGCCUCUAACUAUGUCACUGGAGCCGACCUGCGUGUCGAUGGUGGUUACACCUGCACUUAA